AUGAAAAUCGACUCCUUUGUUUGCUUGUUACUGUUUUUCAUCACAAUUACAAAUGAAUUUGAAGUGACAUUAUCCUUAAGAAGAGACAAGACAAAGCUUCUUGAAUUUCAAGAAAAGAUCCAAGAAAGACUUGCAAUCACUCCAACUCUCGCCCCAUUGUCUUCUCCUUCUUCUCACUCUCCCAAAAUGGUUGGGAAGGUGAUAUACCCGAUUGGUUAUGGAGCUGAUCCGACAGGUGUACAAGACAGUAGUGACGCAAUACUUGAAGCUUUAACUGAUGCUUUUCAAUUACAAACUGAGCUUCACAUGCUGCCACGUGUCGUUGAUUUAGGUGGUCUUGUGAUUGAUCUUCAAGGUGGCAGUUACAAGAUCGGAAAACCUCUCAGGUUUCCUUCCUCCGGCGGAGGAAAUCUCGUGGUAAAAGGCGGGACUUUCCGGGCAUCGGAAGAGUUUCCCGGUGAUAGACAUUUGGUCGAACUAGUAGCAUCGAACUCCGGGAAACCGAUGAAAAUGUCGCCGAAGGAUGUGUUUUCUAAUCAGAAAGACCUGAGCUCUGGGAUCUUCUAUGAGGAUGUGAACUUCCAAGACGUUCUCUUCGACUCGGGCUUCCGAGGCGGGGGUAUUUUGGUAAUUGACUCAGCUCGUAUACGUAUAACCAAUUGCUACUUCCUCCAUUUCACAACUCAGGGGAUUAAAGUCCAAGGAGGUCACGAGACAUACAUUUCAAACUCUUUCUUAGGGCAACAUUCAACGGUAGGCGGAGACAAAGACGAAAGACAAUUUUCCGGGACAGGAAUCGAUCUCUGGAGUACCGAUAAUGCCAUAACGGAUGUAGUGAUUUUCUCGGCUGGGAUCGGUAUUUCUCUGAAUGGCCAGGCGAAUAUGGUCACUGGUGUGCAUUGCUACAAUAAAGCCACAUGGUUUGGUGGAAUCGGCAUACUAGUGAAAGCGCAUUUAACAAGGAUAGACAAUUGUUACCUUGAUUACACAGGUAUAGUCAUUGAAGGUCCGGCUCAAGUUCAUGUCACAAACGCCCUAUUCUUAGGAGACGCAAACAUAGUCUUGAGAUCGGUAGACGGGAAGAUUUCCGGGGUAAACAUCGUCAAUAACAUGUUUAUCGGUGAUCAAAAGAAAAAUUUUCCGAUCAUCAAGCUAGAAGGAGAGUUUCAUGAUAUCGAUCAAGUUGUGAUUGAUCACAACAACGCGGAUGGGAUGAUGCUGAAAUCAACAACCGGGAAGACAAAGGUUUCCGCAAAUGGGACAAAAUGGAUCGCUGAUUUUUCCAGUGUUUUGUUAUUCCCAAACCAGAUAAACCAUUACCAGCAUUCGUUUUUUGCUCAAUCCGGACAGAUUCCUGCAAAUGCAGUGACCAAUGUUUCCAACAAUGUGGUAGUUGUAGAAACAGAUAGAGCUGUAAUUGGUACUGUGUCAGUGAUUGUUCAUCAAGACACGACAAAGCUUCUGGAAUGCCAACAGAAGAUCCAUGAAAAACUCGCAAUCAGUCCCACUCUCCCACCAUUGUCUUCUCCUUCUUCUCCCUAUCCCAAAAUGGUGGGGAAAGUGAUAUACCCGAUUGGAUACGGAGCUGACCCGACAGGUGAGCAAGACAGUAGUGACGCAAUACUUGAAGCUUUUAACGAUGUUUUUCAGUCACAGACUGGACUACAUAUGCUACCUCGUGUAGCCGAUCUAGGAGGUCUCGUUAUUGAUCUCCAAGGUGGCAGUUAUAAGAUCGGAAAACCUCUCAAGUUCCCUUCGUCUGGCGGCGGAAAUUUUGUGGUAAAAAGCGGGACUUUCCGGGCAUCGAACGUGUUUCCUGGUGACCAGCAUUUGGUGGAACUCGUACCACCCAACUCCAGGAUCCUCUUUGAGGAUGUGACCUUCCGAGACAUUUUAUUUGACUCAAGCUUCCAAGGUGGGGGUAUUAUGAUAACUGACUCAGCUCGUAUCCGCAUAACCAACUGCUACUUCCUCCAAUCACAACUCAGGGGAUUAAAAAGUCCAAGGAGGUCACGAGACAUACAUUUCAAACUCCUUAGGGCAACAUUCAACAGUAGGUGGAGACCGAGAAGAAAGACAAUUUUCUGGGACAGGAAUCGAUAUCUCGAGUAA